GUGGCCUGACCCCUCCCUUGGCCUCGCCUGGGACUGGACUUGGUUCUGACAAGCCUGCUCUCUCCUGCAGAUGAUCCUGAGAGACCUGUGUCGCUUCAUGUUUGUCUACCUUGUUUUCUUGUUCGGGUUUUCCACAGCGGUGGUGACGCUGAUUGAGGAUGGGAAGAAUAACUUUGUGCCAGCUGAGUCCACAUUGCACAGGUGGCGAGGGCCAGGCUGCCGGCCUCCUGACAGCUCCUACAACAGCCUUUACUCCACAUGUCUGGAGCUUUUCAAGUUCACCAUUGGUAUGGGUGAUCUGGAGUUCACAGAGAACUAUGACUUCAAGGCUGUCUUCAUCAUCUUGUUGCUGGCCUACGUGAUUCUCACCUAUAUUCUUCUGCUGAACAUGCUCAUCGCCCUCAUGGGUGAGACUGUCAACAAGAUUGCGCAGGAGAGCAAGAACAUCUGGAAGCUACAGAGAGCUAUCACCAUCCUGGACACAGAGAAGAGCUUCCUUAAAUGCAUGAGGAAGGCCUUCUGCUCAGGCAAGCUGUUGCAAGUGGGGUACACACCUGAUGGCAAGGAUGACUACAGGUGGUAUUUCAGGUAA